GCCCCCGCGCCCCGCAGCGCUCCCCUGCUCUUGCCCCUCCUGCGCCGAGUCCACGAGCCCGCCGGAGCCCGAGGGGGGGGGAGCUGCCUUUGCCCUUUACGGCCUUUGCCCUGGGGAGCGCGGGGGCGCGUCUGCACGCAGGAGUCGCCCCGCUGCUGUGGUUAAACCAGUUCCCCUCCCCGCUGACGCCCAGCCCUCGCGGAUGUGGGCAGCGAGCAGCGCAGCGCAGCGCAGCGCUCUUCCUGCUGCCACUUCCCCGCGGGCCCUUUCUCUGCAGGUGUCGCGGGCGCGUCCCAAAGCCCAGGCCACAGGGCUGGCUCUGCUAAUAGUUAACUGCACGCAGCCGUGGGAGGACGCGGCGCCCAGGUGGCAGCAGGAACCAGGAAGGGCCGGCGGGGAAAGGAGAUGAACCCUGAGCUCGCGUGACCUUCCUCUGCCUCACCUGCUUACGGCGGGAGCGGCUUUGCCCUGAUCGCCAGCCCGAGGCUGUGUCUGCCGCUCUGAGCUCCCUUCCCCCGGCACCUUGGGCCACGAGGGAGGCCCGGGGACCGGGCACUCGCAGCGAGGCCGCAGGGGGGGAGCAGGGCCCCGUGACGCGGCGGUCGAGCAGUCAGACAGAUUAUCCCUUUCUUCUGCCCGUCAGCAGCAUCCGCAAGGAACAGGACAAGGGGCCGUUUGCUGUGGCCAGCUUGGGGCUGAGGGUGUCCAGGCUGGCAGCCGUCUCCCGGGCCCCCAAGGGGACGCUGAACAGUCAGAUGCCAGGUGCCACAGCCAGCACUGCUGUACAGGGCACCGGCUAAACCACAGUGCAGGAGCUGCCUGGACAAAGAGCAGGAGCCUGCCUCUUCCAGGAGGGUAGAAGUCACAGGGCUCGCAAGCUGUGUCCUGGCAGCGUGUUCAGGGAGAGCGUCCAAGUGGGCUGUGGGACAUCGUGGUCGGGAAUCCUGGCCGUGUGCUCGCUGGGGGCCUGCCCAGGCCCGUGCUUCUCUCAGCCAGGGUGUAAAGGGCUCUCUGCCUCCCUCUCUCUGCAGCCCGUUUGUCUGAUGCCGCAUUGGAGGUGGCAGGUGCCACUAUGGAGCGUGAUGGAGGCCACACUGUGUAUCCGCACGUGCCUUUGGCUGACUGCAGCCGCGAUGCCCUUGCUGAUGCCAAAUGGACUUGCCCACAGUGCAGAACUCGAACCUGGAGCUGAGACCUGGGGGAAGGCCCGAGGCUCCGGCGAGCUCACCUGGGCAGUGAGCCUCAACGUGCCCGAGGGGGCCUCCUUGUCCGAGGAGGAGCUGGUGCGGCAGGCAGAUGACCUGGCCAGGACCGCCGGCCUGGUGAAUGUGGGCCGUGUCGGGGAACUGCGGGGCCAUUACCUCUUUGCCUACCAGCCGGCCGGGCGCAUGGAUCAGAAGCCGGAGGCAGUGCGGAGAGCCGUGGAGGCUUUGUUUGCACAGCACGAUAGCGUGCGGUGGCACUCGGAGCAGAAGCUGCUGAAGCGCUCCAAGCGCAGCCUGCACUUUAAUGACCCCAAGUACCCCGAGCAGUGGCAUCUGAACAACAGGCGGAGCCCGGGGAAGGACAUCAAUGUGACGGGCGUGUGGGAGCGCAACGUGACGGGCCAUGGCGUGACAGUCGUGGUAGUGGACGACGGCGUGGAGCACACUAUCAAAGACAUACAGCCAAAUUACAGCCCUGAAGGCAGCUAUGACUUGAACUCCAAUGACCCCGACCCCAUGCCCCACCCAGAUGAGGAGAACGGAAAUCACCACGGGACACGCUGUGCCGGUGAAAUUGCGGCCGUCCCCAACAACAGCAUCUGCGCCGUGGGCGUGGCCUACGGCAGCCGCAUUGCAGGCAUCCGGGUGCUGGACGGGCCUCUCACCGACAGCAUGGAGGCCAUCGCGUUCAACAAGCACUAUCAGAUCAACGACAUCUAUAGCUGCAGCUGGGGCCCUGACGACGAUGGCAAGACUGUGGACGGCCCUCAUCAGCUGGGAAAGGCCGCCUUGCAGCAUGGGGUCAUUGCUGGUCGCCGAGGCUUUGGGAGCAUUUUUGUUGUGGCCAGUGGCAAUGGGGGACAGCACAGUGACAACUGCAACUAUGACGGCUAUGCCAACUCCAUCUACACCGUCACCAUUGGCGCAGUGGACGAGAUGGGCUUCAUGCCAUUCUACGCCGAGGAGUGCGCCUCCAUGCUGGCCGUCACCUUCAGUGGCGGCGACAAGUUGAUGCGGAGCAUUGUGACAACAGACUGGGACUUGAAGAAGGGCACGGGCUGCACGGAGGGCCACACAGGCACAUCGGCUGCUGCCCCACUGGCAGCUGGCAUGAUCGCCUUGAUGCUCCAGGUGCGACCCUGCCUCACCUGGCGGGAUGUCCAGCACAUCAUUGUCUUCACAGCCACAAAGUACGAAGAUCAUCAUGCCGUCUGGGACACCAACCAGGCCGGCUUCAGUCACAGCCACCAGCAUGGCUUCGGCUUGCUCAACGCCUGGAGGCUGGUCAAUGCUGCCAAGAUCUGGGAGUCCGUCCCGUACUUAGCGUCGUACGUCAGCCCCAUGCUCAGGGAGGGCAAGGCCAUCCCCAUCCUCCCACAGAGGCUCGAGGUCUCCUGGAACGUCACCCUGGCUGACCUGGAGCUGUCGGGCAUGAGGACACUGGAGCACGUGGCGGUGACGGUCACCAUCACUCAUCCUCGCCGUGGCAACCUGGAGAUCAGGCUCUUCUGUCCCAGCGGCAUCAUGUCGCUGAUUGGGACCACGCGGAGCAUGGACUCGGACCCCAGUGGCUUCGCUGACUGGACCUUCUCCACAGUGCGCUGCUGGGGAGAGGAGGCCCAGGGCACCUACAGGCUUGUCAUCAGGGACACUGGGGACAAGACCCUGCCAGCAGGGAUGCUGAAGCAGUGGCAGCUGACACUAUAUGGCUCUUCCUGGACCCCAAAUGAAAUGAAGCAGCGGCAGAGGCUGCUGGAGGAAGCCAUGAGCGGGCAGUACUUGAACAAUGGCUUCUGCCUGCCGUGCCCCCCGGGACUGGACAUCCCAGAGCAGGAGCCGUACACCAUCACCACCAACACCCUCAAGACACUCAUGCUGCUGGGCUGCUUCACUGUCUUCUGGACUGUCUACUACAUGCUGGAGGUGUACCUGACCCGGCACCAAGUGGCCUUUGACCUGACGUGCCAUAGCUCCUCCGCCUGCAGGUGGUACCACCGGGGCGGGAAGCACCGGAGCCUGGAAGAUGGGCUGGAGAUGGAGUCUGUCCUGCUGUACACAGAGAAGGACAUGGAGGAGGUCGAGGUGGAGGCUGACCCCCCCAUGCCCAGCCUGGGGACACAGGGGGAUGAGGCUGGCUGGAGCCCGCUGGCCCCCAAGUUCUCCACCAGUGAAAGAACCAUGGGCUUUCAUGAGGGGGCUCGUGCGGGUCCAGGAUACUCUGGCCGGGACAUGGCCUCUGAGCUCCUCUUGGCUAACAGGGAGCAGCAGACUUGCUAGCUGGGGCUGAGGACCUGAGGUGCUGGCUGCACCCUCGCCUGGGCACCAGGCACAGGGCUGUUACCGACCCAGCUCAGCCGCAGCCCGCUGCCGCUUACUGCAGGGAGGCGGGCGCUGGUGCGGCUCAGGGGCUAGCGCAGCAUGGAGAUGCGAAGCAAAGGAGAGGCCCUGAGGGCCCCACGUUCCCCAGUGCAGGAGCCUUGCUCUCUCCUUGCACAAGCUAAACAAGCCUUAAACCUUUUACUGAGGAGUCUGCCAGGCAGCGACACUCAGGGCUCCCUGUCCGUGCUCAGCGCAGCCCUGGCCCGCCCCCCGGGCGGCCGGCAGGAGCCUGGCUACAGGUAGGAUGCUCUCCUAGAGAGGAAUGCUGGGCCCUGGAGCUGAGCUCCCCGCUGCGGUGCGGUCUGGCUGUGCGUGGCACAGGUGUUGCUGUCUGUCCACCUGUUUGUCUGUCUCUGCACACUGUUAAGCCGUUUGCUUUGUUCUGCUCCGUUUGUUGUUUGCUGCACGGGUGGCUUGGCCCUGGCCUGCUGGCCCCACUGUGAGGGCAGGGAAGGCUUUUGCCCAGCCCCUGCUUGGCCCCCAGCUGCCGCUGAAGGGCUCCCAGUGACUGUGAGCGAAGUCCCGGGGGUGCUUUCUCCCAGCCCUGUGACUGUGAGGCUGAUGCUUCUGUUGGAAGAAGUGCUGGGUGGGCAGACCUGGGGACAGCAGCAAUUCUCCUGGGGGGACAUGGGGGCCCUGGCUGGCUCUCGGGUGCGCCUGGUAUCAGGAGGGAGCCCCUGGCAGAGUUGUAGUGGCUUGCCUGGCUCUGGUAGCCAAAGCAAAGCCAAGUGCCUGGGACCGGCAGGCUGGCGCCCUGCUCCCCCUCCCUCUGCAGCCACCCCAGCUCCUGCCAGGGUGCCUGGGAUCUGCCCACUGGCAGCAGCAGCCUCGGGGCUCCGUGGGUUCCCCCCGGAUGGGUUCCCAGUUGGCUCGCGUGCCCCCGUUGGACCAAAGUCAGAGGCAAGAAAUAGCACUUGCCCCUUUUGCAACCGCAGCAGCUGCCCGUGUUCCCCUGUCUCUCCCCCCUCCUCUCGCACACACUGGCCACCCCUGUCUGAGCAGACGGGCCGACAGGCUUGGCUCAGCCAGGGAGGACGUUGCGGCCUCGCGUGGCUCCAGCCAUGACCCACCCUGCUGCCCUUGUGCCGCGCUGUCCCCUUCUCCCAGGAGCAGUGGUGCCUGGUGGGCAGCGGGGACAGGCAGGGUCUCAGCGACGGUCACGGCACGGACUGGGUUUCUUUUCUAAGAGUUGGGGUUUGAUUUUUUAACAGCGAAGCUCUUUCUGUGCCGCUUUCCAAAAUAAACUCUUCUAAAAACUG